AUGCAGGUAGCGAAGGACGUGCCCCGCAACGUCAUUGCGCCCAGACAGCCACCCCAUCCCACCUGGUCCCUGGGUCGCCGCCUGACCGACCUCAACCUACAGGCUUCCAUUCGUAUCACACCGCACCAGCGGCGCCGACCGUCCACUGAACACCCAACUGCUCCUCCCCGUUUCCCCAUCCUCCCCGUUUGCGACCGCCCCGCCACGCUGCCCACCAUGAACCGGCUCUUCGGCAGCGGCAACAAGGCGCCGAAGCCGACGCUCAACAGCGCCAUCGGCAACAUCGACGGCGGGAUCGCGAAGCUGGACGUCCAGAUCGCCAAGAUCAACACGGAGCUGCGGGAGCUGACGGCGCGCAUGAACCGGAUGCCGGCGAGCUCCAAGACGUACGCCAAGAAGCGGGCGCGCGACCUGCUGACGCAGCGGCGCAAGUACGAGGCCCAGCGCGAGCAGCAGCAGCAGCAGGUCUGGAACAUGGAGCAGGCGGCCAUGAUGCAGGACAACCUCAAGGGCGUCAUGGCCACCGUCGACGCCAUGAAGACGACGACCAAGGAGCUCAAGAAGCAGUACGGCAAGGUCGACAUCGACAAGAUCGAGAAGCUGCAGGACGAGAUGGCCGACCUCAUGGACGUCGGCAACGAGAUACAGGAGAGCCUGAGCCGCGCCUACGACGUCCCCGACGACGUCGACGAGGAGGAGCUGGACGCCGAGCUCGAGAUGCUCGGCGCCGAGAUGGAGAUGGAGGCCGCCCAGGACGCCGGCGGCGUGCCCGACUUCAUGAAGGACGAGGUGCCGGACUUCAUUGACGAACCCCCCGAGCAGGGCAAGGUACAGGAGGCGGCGAGGUGA